UUAUUUUAUUUAUUUCAAAACCAAAAAUAAUAACGAUGCUAAUUACACGUGUAACAUGCAUAAUUUCUCGGCUUUACAAUUAAUAAAAGAUUAAUAAAUUUCGAUGUAUCAUAUGGAAAAGAAGAUUUAGUUCUUACAGAUCCACGUGAUACUCUUCUGAAACUGCUCUUAAGAAGCCAGUUUCACUUCGAGAAUCUCUGAAUGAAGAGGGCACCGAUAUAUCUCGGGAGAUGGAAUGGAUCGCGAAUCUAAAUGGUCCAAGUCGUGAAUACGUUUUUACUGUUGAACAUCCGCAGGGGCCUUCGACGUAUCGCCGAGCGAGCGACCGCGGCCAACAUCGCAUCAUGAAUAAUAAACGAAAGUAUCCGUCGUAUAUGAUACAUGACAACGGCAUCGCGAGUAAGGUCCCGUCGUGUAAAUCCUUCGACCUUAUACUCGACUACCAUUUAUUACGGAUACAUGUGGCCGUAGAAAUUUCUGGCGAAGACCUAAACUGGAUUACCACGGAGAUAGCAAUUGGAUUAAUCAUACGUCAGUGGCGAAACAAUUUUACCUGCGCGGAGAAGAGUGCACGGAAGUUCAGGUAG